AUGUCACGACUCAAAGCUCCUUCAAAUCUCCAUGAACUCGUCAGAGCCACCUUCUCCAAGGCCGUCUCUGCAAAUGAGCUUCGUUAUUUUCCCACUCAAGUCACCGUCUUGCAUGUCAACUCAAUCCCAUUCCAACUGCGAUUCUCCCCAUCACUAGCAAAUAAACCCAAAGGCCCUCCGCCAGAUCCGUCCAAGCCGCCCUUUGACCCCUUUGCUCAUCCUCCCGCCUCUCUCUUCAUCACUGAUCUAGGCCCAUCCCAUUUCCUCGUCUUGAACAAAUUUGCCGUUGUGCCAGAGCACUUUAUUCUCGCAACGAAGGAGAACAAGCCGCAGACUCAUGUGCUCGAGGAAUCUGAUCUGGAAGCCGCGCUUGCUUGUAUCGAGGCUUACGAGCAGGCAAGACAAUCUUCAAGCAAUCUUGAUGGAGCAGCUGCUUCUUCAAGAGAGAAAGGAUCGCAGGACGAUGGCCUAUUCGCCUUUUUCAAUGGGGGGCCUCAUUCCGGAGCGAGCCAGGCCCAUAGGCAUCUUCAGCUGCUGCCAGUCUCCCGGAUGAAAGAAGGCUUGGAAGAUCAAUCUGCUUGGGACGUGCUCGCACAGCGCGCCGAUGCGCUGCAGAAAACCCCCUUUGUUGCGUUUUCCGAACCCAUCAACACGAAGAUGUCCUCUGUGGAUCUUUUUGCCGCCUAUUCCCGUGUCUACACAAAGGCCUGCCAAGCAGCCGCCCAAGACGCGGGAUCCAAGGCAGAAGCGGUUCCUACAACGGGCGAAGCUCUCAUCAGCUACAACAUGGCCAUGACAAAGGACACAUUAGUCAUCUGCCCUCGCAAACAAGAAGGCUGUCCAAUCAAAAGCAGCGACGGGCGCGAGACUGUUGGAUCGCUUGCUUUGAAUGGCACAGUCUUAGCUGGCACGGCACUGGUGAAAAAUGAAGCAGAGUGGGAGGCGUUAAAGAAGAGUCCAGACCAGCUCCUCGCGGUGCUACGCAGCAUCGGAAUCUCAAGAGGCGAGACGGAAGAUGGUCAGAAUAAGUUGUAG